AUGCCAGCAGCCGACGUUCUGGAAGGAACAGCAAGCAACCCUUUAGCCCUUCCAAGCAAUCUUUGCACUGCUUCAUUGUUCACAGUUCUAUGCGACUUUUUGUACCCAGUACGCAUGGGGCAAUUUCCGCAUGUAUCGAUUGCAAAUAUAGAUCACUGGGAGGCUGUACUCAAAGCGACCGCUGCCUUACAAAUGGAAGAUACUCAGCAAUAUAUUCUGCAAAAGCUCCAAGAAGACGCACCAAAUAUCAAGUCUAAUGCUGCAAGGAUUCUCCGCCUAGCUCUUGAUUAUGAUGAUAACUCGAUAUCAAAUCUCUUAUUCGGUGCACUAUUUGUCCUCGCUUACCGGUGUCAGCCAAUUAGUCCGACAGAAAACGUGAUUUUGGGAGAAAAGGCUAUCACCUUGGUCAACUAUACUCGGGAAUCUGUUCGCUGUUGCUUUUUCCUCGGUAAGGCCAAGGCUAAAAUUCAAACGAAUACAUCCUGUGACAAGGAGAACUGUAAGACUGCCAUCUUCCGAAAAAUAAUUGCGAAUAUGCAAACUCGGCCGCCGCCUAACAGGGUUGUGCGCGACUUGUAG